AUGUUGCGACAGUUCAGCACGCGGCUGCAGCCGUGCGCCCGGCUGCUGCGACCAAGGAGCCCCUCGAUCCUGUCAAGGCUGCCAAGCCCGUCCUCGCGACGAUGUCUCGCCACCGUGACGGUGGAUGGGAUACCAAAGGAGCCGACCGAGCUGGACCGGAUCACGACGCUGCCCAACGGGCUGAGGGUCGCCUCCGAGGCCCUCCCCGGGUCCUUUUCCGGUGUCGGCGUCUACAUCGAGGCCGGGUCGCGAUUCGAAACCAGCAGCCUCCGCGGCGUCUCUCACAUCAUGGACCGCCUCGCCUUCAAGUCCACGUCGACGCACUCGGCCGACGACAUGCUCGAAAAGGUCGAGGCCCUCGGCGGCAACAUCCAGUGCGCCUCCUCGCGCGAGUCCAUGAUGUACCAGGCCGCCACCUUCAACAACGCCGUCCCCGCCACCGUCGGCCUCCUCGCCGAGACCAUCCGGGACCCUCGCAUCACCGAGGACGAGGUCGCGCAGCAGAUCGAGACGGCCCGCUACGAGAUUGCCGAGAUCUGGGCCAAGCCUGAGCUCAUCCUGCCCGAGCUCGUCCACACGGCCGCCUUCAAGGACAACACCCUCGGCAACCCGCUGCUGUGUCCCGAGGAGCGGCUCGCCGCCAUCGACCGCGGCUCCGUCAUGACCUACAGAGACCUCUUCUACCGACCCGAGCGGAUGGUCCUGGCCUUUGCGGGCGUCGAGCACGGCGAGGCCGUCGGCCUGGCCCACCGCUACUUCGGAGACAUGCCGUCAACGUCACCUUUGAGCAUCAAGACCGGUUCCGAGACGAGCGACGGCGCCUCCGACGGCGAAAUGUCCGGCUCCUCGUCGGCCUCGUCGGCCUCGCCAUCCUCUUCGGAUCACCAACCGCGUCCCACUCUCGUCUCCAAGAUGCCUUUUUUCAAAAACAUGUCCACCUCGGCCGCCCCCGAGUCCGCCGACGGCCAGCUCGCCCGGUACACCGGCGGCUUCCUCUCGCUGCCACCGCAGCCGCCGGCGCUCACCGGCACCAACUUCACCCACAUCCACCUCGCCUUCGAAGGCCUGCCCGUCGCCUCCGACGACAUCUACGCCCUCGCAACCCUGCAGACCCUCCUCGGCGGCGGCGGCUCCUUUUCCGCCGGCGGCCCGGGCAAGGGCAUGUACUCGCGCCUCUACACCAACGUUCUCAACCAGCACGGCUGGGUCGAGUCGUGCGUCGCCUUCAACCACUCCUACACCGACUCUGGCCUCUUCGGCAUCUCCGCCUCUUGCCUCCCCGGCCACACCUCGGCCAUGAUCGACGUCAUGUGCCAGGAGUUGCACGCCCUCACCCUCGACAAGGGCUUCGCCCGUCUGCAGGACGGCGAGGUGGCCCGUGCCAAGAACCAGCUUCGCAGCAGCCUGCUGAUGAACCUCGAGAGCCGCAUGGUCGAGCUCGAAGAUCUCGGCCGCAGCGUGCAGGUUCACGGCCGCAAGGUGCCUGUCCGCGACAUGUGCGCCCGCAUCGAGGCCCUCACCGUCCACGACCUGCGUCGCGUCGCCUCCAUGGUCGUCGGCGGCGCCGUCGCGAACCCCGGCCGUGGCAGCGGCGCGCCCACCGUCGUCGUCCAGGAGGCUCAGGCGUACGGACUGACGAGCCACAGCUUGACCUGGGAUCAGAUCCAGGACCGCAUCGACGGCUGGAAGCUGGGAAAGCGGCCCUAG